AUGAAAAAAUUUCAGUUAAUACAUAUAGCAGUUGUUCAUAUUUUAUCAUAUAACAAGGUUAAAAAGAAUUACAACAAGUAUGAUUCCCAUUCCUUUAUAUAUUUUUUCAUAUUCUUUUUAGACAUAUUUUGUAUUAUUCAACCACAAUUUCUUGUUCGAAUCAAAGAUAAUGAUGGAAAGAUACCAUUAGAAUAUGCAGUCCAGUUACAAUUACCUUUGUUGGUUAGAUUGAUAUUGGAUAUUGAUAGUGCUGAUGUAAAGUUGUGUUAUGAUUUUAGUAAUAAUAGUGUUGUUAAACCAGAGAAUACAAACAGAUAUGGAUUUGUUGUGGAUGCCACAGAAAAGUCAAUUCCUUUUAUUCUUGCACAACAAACAAAACAACAAAUAAAACAAAUGACACUUCGUAUUCCAAAGUGGGAAAAUAUGAUUUUGUUAUUAAAGAAAGGGGUAUUUCAUCCCAAGUUUGUUAAUAGAUUAUAUAAAGGAAUGCCUGAUGAAGUACGUAGUGAAGUAUGGAAAUUAUUAUUACUUAAAGAUUUAGAUUAUAAAACAUUACAAGAUGAGUUUGAUAGAUUAAAUCAACCAUACACAAAAACACCUAUUGAUAAGCAAUUAAAUUUAGAUGUAAAAAGAACAUUUCAAUUGCAUUAUACUUAUGAAGUACCAUAUGGAGGUAAUCAGAAAGUAUUAUUUAAUAUUUUUCAUGUACUUGCUUCAAGAACAGAAAAUUUAGAGUAUACUCAAGGAAUGACUUGUGCACCUUCUAUGUUAACAUUAUUUCUUGAUGAAUAUAGUUCAUAUGCAGGAACUGUUCAAUUUUUAGGGGACAAAUAUCGUUUAAAAGAAAUGUUUAGUAAUUUUAAUUUAUUGAUUCAAUGUUGGGAUAUCACUCGAUUGUUAUUACAAAAAAGAAAUCCUACUUGCCUAAAACCUUAG